AUGAAGAGCCGUCAGCGUCGUGCACCGUUGAGUGAAGGGGUCGCCUUCUCCUACGAGCUUUUUGGGAGCGUCGACAUCAAAAACGAGGAAUUCCUGAACUUCACCGGUGAGAAGGGCCCGAGGCACAACAGUGAGAUCACGGAGUUUCUGCGCAAUAAGAGCUUUGCACACGGAAGAGAACCCGUGGCGAGGCAGCCAUCAUAUUUGCAGUUCCAGCAGGCGGUGGACGUGGGGAAUGGAGCAGCGGAGGAAUCGGGUGGAUGGAACAACAGUUUUGUCAGCCUUGAGGACGCGGCGCAGCACGUGUGGUUCAUUUCGCAGCGCUCUGGUGGAGCAAUGCCGUUUGCCCGUAACUUUACGAUAGCCGAUCGGUUUCUGAAGUAUGCGGAGGAACACUCACUUUUUCCCAGUGAACCGCAGGAGGCGGAGGCGGAGGCACCCAACGAACCCCUCACGGCGGCGAAGUGGCUGGACAUCCAGACGACAAACAAGGCCCUCAUCACGGAGCUUCUCACACAGUUCCCCGUGUCGGAAGAAACACUUAAUAACUGUCAUUAUCUCGAUGGCAUGGAUGCUCUCUCCGCACAUUCCGCACUUGGCUACUUCUUCUUCAACCUCAUGUGUACUCCCAUCGUACCAGAGGAAGAGACAGGCCGUUCCCGGCAGACGAAAAGUGUCAUUCAACGUUCUCUUGAGGCGGCCAUGGAGGACAAACCACGCUCUUCCGUGCCCGCGGCGGUUCCUGUGGCUGUCAUCGUCUUUCCUCGGUGGAUUAUAACGGUUCAUGAAAAACCUUUUCAUGAACUCGGUGAUUUGCUCAAGUUUUUGCACAUUAACUGUAGUGAUCACGGCUCCAGUGCGACACCGCGGCGUCGCAGGCAAGUUAUGACAGCCCCAUUCAUUUUUUCCAGCUUAUUCCAGAUUGUUGUUGGGCACCAGCUGGACACUGUCUCACUCACAACGGCACUGGAUCGGAUGGGAGAUUAUGUCUUUAAGGUGGAAGAAAACGCUAAAGAGCGAGAGGAGGUUAUAAAACGCAUUACAAAUGUUAGACGUUCCUUUGCGGAGUGUGCUGCGGAACUCACGCGACGAGAGCACAUUGUGUCCAUUCUCUUGCAACCACACAUGAUGAACUCGUUCUUGACGCAAGAGAGAGUGGUAUGCCAACAGCUUGAGAGUGCCCGGGCACAUCUUCUUCGUUUGAGUAAAGACGUUGGCGAUUCUCGAGACACCGUCGUCGUGACGAGUUGGUACCAUAAUGCAACUCGUACGUGGAAGAUUAUAUGCCGUGGCAACAAGGCAACACGCCAGAUGCUCCUUCUUAUGGAAAUAAUGAACAUCAUAUAUCCUGUUGUGGCUUUCCAAAUGCUGUAUACAAUGAAUGUCCCUGUGCCGUUUGACAGUGGGGGUGAUCCGCCGGUAACAAACUUAUAUGCGUUUUUUGUGGUUAUGGGAAUUAUAUUGUUGUACUUGUUACUUUGUACCAGAGCGGGUUACGCAUUUUUUAAAAGAAAGCGAUGGAGCACACGGCUGCUGGCCGAGUAA